GGCCCGACUACCCAAGCAGCGCGAUGGCGCCGCUCAAGAAGGUACUGCAUCUCGAGGCCGACCCGCGCAAGAAGCCGCUCUAUGAUGUCGUUGACGUGGGCGCGGGCUCGGGCAAGCUCACGCGGGCGCUGCAGCGACUGCUGCCAGCCCACACGACGCUCGCCGCCGUCGAAUCGUCGGUCGCCCUGCGGUCCGAGUUCCAAAGCGCGUUUCCGAGCAUCCCCGUGAUCGAAGGCAGCUCGAGCAGCACGCGCCUCCCGUCCGAGUCGGUUGGCAACAUCACGGUGGGCCAAGCGAUCCAGUGCGCCGCUGAGCGCAACACGCUUGACGAAUUUCACCGGAUUCUGGUGCCCAACGGCCGGCUGGGCGUCGUCUGGAACAGCGUCGACUUGUCCGAGACGCCCUUUAUGCACGAAGUCGACAAGAUUCUCAAGUCGUACAACAUCCUCAAGCCCGAAAAGGCCACGUCCGAGGCCCGUCGGCUCCACGACUGCUUUAUCGAGAAGACGCACCUCUUUACGCCGCUCGAGUCGGUCCGCAUUCCGAUCGUGCACACGACGACGGUCGACGCGGUCGUCGACUACCUCUUGACGCUCAGUGUGGUCGAGAGUCUGCCGCACCGCAAGCAAACCGACAUUCGGCUAUCGAUCGCGCGCCUCAUCGAGUCCCGCGCCAAGGUCACGUACGACGGCGAGCGCAAAUUCGUGGACCUUCCGUGCCUCGUGGAGAUGUUUUGGUGCACGAAGCGGCCGCUCGAGAGCGAGCCGCAGCACAUGGUGGCCCGUGUCAUGAGCCAGUAGGAGCACCGACACACUAUCUAUCAACUAUCUAAAUAUACCCA